AAAUCAAUCAAAUUCUUACCAACUAAUUGUUAGUUUUCUUUUAAUAUAUUUCUGAUCUUGGACCUUACACUUCCACCAUAUUUAGGAUUUGUCUGAUUAAGUGUUAAAAUUUUGUUCUGGAAUUUUACAUCGUUUGAUCAAUGUAACCAGUUGACACAAGUGCAGUGAGAUCUUUUGGUGGGAAGGUCUGGAGGUAGCUGAAGCAUGCAGACCUUGGGUGGGGCUAGACAUUGGCUGGUCAAAGAAUAAGAGUCUAUGGGUAAUGGAGAUCAAAAUAGGCCUGAGAGCUAUGAAUCAGUAGCAGAAUCAGUUGUAUUUGGAGAAGGCAAGCAGGAUGUCAGGUAACUCAUGACUGCAGAACCAUUGUAUAAGGGAAAUGUUUCUAUAAUUAUGGGCUGGAACUAAUUUCCCUCUACCUCUUUUGUGAUUCCAGCUUAGGUGGAAAACCUUGCCUCUUUUCAGGUUUAUUUGCAGCUAGAAGAAAAGGUGGGUUUUAAAUAUGUUCUGAUUUAAGUAAAGACUGGACAUGGAAAUAGAAUUACAGAGAAGUUGUUAUAUAACAAUAAUAGUUUCAAGAAACCAGCACGAAGCUUCUUUAUUCUGAGAACAAGUAUUAGAAAGCCAAAAUGCUGUGAAACUAUUACAUGUAUGAUAGAAAUAUAUGUGAUAAUGCUAUUCUAUAUGUGUAGUGUUUUAAUUUAUAUAAAUACUUUUCAAAGUUAAUUUGUGAAUAUAAUACCAUUUCAGUUAAAAUCAUUCUGGGAAUUUGGGGGGAGCUUGAAAGGAUGAUCUAAUGGAAAAAUAAACAUGGGAGUUUCCUAAGAACCUUUCCCGAAAAGGGUAAUGAGUAAUAAUGACGAACAAGUUUAAACACAGAUCUGUGGAACAAUACUUGAGUCUAGAAAUAUAUUUAACAAUAUAUAAGCACUUGAUAGGAUAAAUGUGUUUUCUCCCAAUAAGGAAGGAUUACAGUGGUGUUGGGAAGCUAGGUAGCAGUUUUUUUUUUUUAAGUAGUUAUGUCGACAUCUUUUACUAUAUAGCAAUAUAAAUUGGAAAUUAAUGAGUGAAUGAAAUUAAUGAAAAAAAAUCAUGUUCUGGACAGACCAACAGAAAAUACAAUAGAAUAUAUGAUAGGACUGUGAAAGAAUAUCUCUUUUAGUUUUAAAUGAAUGAAUGGAAGAAAUAGAAAAAUUGAUUUAAAAAAUAUUCAAAAUGUAUGCUUAGUAAGUUUUUAAAAGGAUGGUAACGGUAGCAAAGUGGGAAAAUAGAUUUGCACCGACAUGACUGAAAAAUCUUAUCUAUGAAUUGUAAAGUCUUUGUUCAUUUUUUGAAAGUUUUUUCAACAUUUUAUUACAAAAACCUCAAACAUACAGCAAAGUUUAAGGAGUCUUAGAGUUGUGAACAAAAGUCAUCUGAAAAGGAAUUUAGAGGAAAGAGACUUUAUUCCAUCAGUUUGCAAACUGGAGAGAUGCAGCCUUCGGUGUAAAAUGAAGUGAGCAUGUUUUUGAACACAUUAACGCCGAAGUUCUACGUGGCCCUGACAGGCACUUCCUCACUAAUAUCAGGGCUUAUUUUGAUAUUUGAAUGGUGGUAUUUUCGCAAGUAUGGAACUUCAUUCAUUGAACAAGUCUCAGUAAGCCACUUGCGCCCCCUUCUGGGAGGGGUUGACAACAACUCUUCCAACAAUUCUAAUUCCAGUAACGGGGACUCAGAUUCCAAUAGGCAAAGUGUCUCAGAAUGCAAAGUAUGGCGAAAUCCACUAAAUUUAUUUAGGGGUGCUGAAUAUAAUCGGUAUACUUGGGUGACAGGACGAGAGCCUCUUACUUACUAUGACAUGAAUCUCUCUGCCCAGGACCACCAGACAUUCUUUACUUGUGACUCGGACCAUCUGCGUCCCGCAGAUGCAAUAAUGCAGAAAGCCUGGAGAGAGAGAAACCCCCAAGCUAGGAUUUCUGCAGCUCAUGAAGCCUUGGAGAUAAAUGAAAUUAGGUCCAGAGUUGAAGUUCCCCUAAUUGCUUCCUCUACCAUCUGGGAGAUAAAAUUGUUACCAAAGUGUGCAACUGCUUAUAUUCUGUUGGCUGAAGAGGAAGCAACAACCAUUGCUGAAGCAGAAAAACUAUUUAAGCAGGCCCUGAAGGCUGGAGAUGGCUGUUACCGACGUUCUCAGCAGCUACAGCAUCAUGGAUCCCAGUAUGAAGCCCAACAUAGACGAGACACCAAUGUCUUGGUGUACAUCAAAAGAAGGCUAGCAAUGUGUGCCAGAAGACUCGGGAGGACCAGGGAAGCAGUGAAAAUGAUGAGAGAUUUAAUGAAGGAGUUCCCUCUUCUGAGCAUGUUCAAUAUCCACGAGAACCUUUUAGAAGCCCUUCUGGAACUACAAGCAUAUGCUGAUGUUCAGGCAGUCUUAGCAAAGUAUGAUGAUAUAAGCUUACCAAAGUCAGCAACAAUAUGCUACACAGCUGCUUUGCUCAAAGCAAGGGCUGUUUCUGACAAAUUCUCUCCUGAGGCUGCAUCUCGGCGGGGGCUGAGCACAGCAGAGAUGAAUGCGGUAGAGGCCAUUCAUAGAGCUGUGGAAUUCAAUCCUCAUGUGCCAAAAUACCUACUAGAAAUGAAAAGUUUAAUCCUACCCCCAGAACACAUCCUGAAGAGAGGAGACAGUGAAGCAAUAGCAUAUGCAUUCUUUCAUCUUGCACACUGGAAGAGGGUGGAAGGGGCUUUGAAUCUUUUGCAUUGUACAUGGGAAGGCACUUUCCGGAUGAUCCCUUAUCCCUUGGAAAAGGGGCAUCUAUUUUAUCCUUACCCAAUCUGUACAGAAACAGCAGACCGAGAGCUGCUUCCAUCUUUCCAUGAAGUCUCAGUUUACCCAAAGAAGGAGCUUCCCUUCUUUAUUCUCUUUACUGCUGGAUUAUGUUCAUUCACAGCCAUGCUGGCCCUCCUGACACAUCAGUUCCCGGAACUUAUGGGGGUCUUCGCAAAAGCUAUGAUUGACAUUUUCUGCUCGGCAGAGUUCAGGGACUGGAAUUGCAAGAGUAUUUUCAUGCGUGUUGAAGAUGAACUGGAAAUCCCUCCGGCACCUCAAUCUCAACAUUUCCAAAACUGAACUCAUCACCCCUCUUCCCCCACCACCAAAACUGCUCCUCCUCCUGUAUUCCUGACCUCCGCCAUCCACCCCGUUGCUCAAGCCAGAAACUCGGCAGCCCUCCCAAAUUCUACCCUCUCUCACUCCCCACAUCCCAUCUGUCUUGGCCUUCGCAAUCUGUCAGUUCUAACCUCCUAAGCAACUAGGCCUUCAGUAAAUGUUAUUCCUCUUCUUUCCCUCCUUCUUUUCCGAAAGCAUCCCUCUUAGUCUAGGUCCUUGUUAUUUCUUGCCUGAACUCCUGCCAUAGUCUUAACUGGUCUGCUUGUUUCCAGUCUUAUCCUCCACCAACCUUUCUUUUAUACUGACAGAAGAAUGGUCUUUCUGACUUGCACUUCUGAGCAUGUCACUUCCCUGCUUGAAUUUCUCCAGUGGUUUCCCAGUCACUUCAGGAUCAAUUCCCAGUUGUUCAGCAUGGCAUCUAAGGCUCUUUAUUAUCUGACCCUUGCUUACCCCUCAGCCUCAGCUCUCCCAACUCUUGCACAGUCACUGCUCUUCAGUCAUAAUGAAUCACUCACCAUUCCCACAUGUACCAGGCUCCUGCACACCUCUGUGCCUUUGCACAUGCUGUUUGCUGUGCAUGGAAUGCCCUUCAUUGUCACCACCCUACUCGUCCACUCUACUAAUGCCUCUUCGUUCUUUCGUACUCAGCUUUCAUUAAAGUGCUUCUAAGCUGAGUUAGGCGUCUCUCCUCCAUGAGCCCACAGUAUUCCAUGAAUACAUAUAUUCUCACAUUGAUUGUACUGUGUUAUAAUUGUGGAAAACUUGUCUGUCCUCAUUUAGAAUGUGAGCUCCUUGAGAGCAGGAUGCUGUCUUCCUUAUCUCUGUAACCCCAAGGCUUUGCACAGUGCCUUGCAUAUAGUAGGUUUUCAAUAAAUUAUUAUUAAAUAAAUAAAUAAAUGGCAGUGGUCUCUGCAGAAAGAGUCAAUG